AUGGAGAUAAUAGAAACUUCACCCAUCGUGCCGUUAAUAACCGAUCCCGGUUUUUCUGGGACGGUUCGUAGGGCUAUGACAUCUGUCCGAGGCGGGUGGAGCGCCGCUUGGCGGCGAACCAGGAGCGUGAGGGUUCAGCCAUUGAACAUUGUGCCCCGCGAGGUUGUGCCUGAGAGACAGUGGACUGAGUAUCCAGCUGUCAAUGUACUUCCUCCAAUGCGUAAAUUCACUGCUACACCACUAUCAGCAAGUAAUGAGGAUGAAACAUCCGUGGCUGGCACGUUCCUUGUACGUAAAAAGCCCAUCGUGGAAAGUGAUCUUACGAUAAUUGACCUAGAUACAAGUGUACUGGAGUCGCCGGUGCAACAAGAACGUGAAGUUUCAUCGUUUUUAGCACCCGAAGCUGCUUUUCCCGAAGUUCUGGGAGUUUCGAGGACUUUUUCCACGGGAAACAUACCGAUGACAGGGAAAUUUGGGGACGGAGUUCGCCGACCUGCAUCAUAUGAUUUGAAGAACAGGGCGGUGGCAACGAGGGAUGCCUACUAUUGCAUGGUGGAAUCGAGGCUACACGAUGCAGUGGGCACCCAACCCAUCACUGUGAAUGAUGAUUUCUUCUGGUGGUUUACCAGAGGCGAAGAGUUAAAUAUUGAAUUUGCCUUCAUGCGUUGCCCGUCACUGUUGGCGGGGAAGCCGACCCCGGCCCCUAUUACCCUUUAUCCGAAGAUUUCCGUCAGCGAAGUCUGGACACCGCAAAAACAAAUCAAAGAUCUUUUUGUGUACAAUCUCAAAACCAUGUACAAUUUGGAAGUACAUGUCCCAGAAGCAGGUGAUACGGCACCGAUUGACGAGGAGGACUUUCCUAUUUUGUCGGAUAGUUCGUCCGAUUCAUCCUACAGUUCAUCGGAUUCGUCUUUGACGAGUAAGAAAAAACGCAUCUCUAAUUCGGUGGUUCCUAAUUGGUUGCUCAAAUUCGCGGUCAUUCAUUUAAAAUUAAAAAAACUUAUAAAAACUAAGAAAGUUAUACAAAGGCGUCAAAGUGGUUCAAUAUUCCAUUAUAACUUUGACUUUUCAGACGUUACUUCACUUGCUGACUCCUCAGAUGUUGGCACACUUGAUUGUAAUACUGAGGAGUUGGACAACUACGUUCGUGAAAUUAUGGAAAAUACUAACGAUUUGGACUCACCAAUAGAAAGUUUCCGGAGGGUCGAAUCGGCCCUGCAAGAAACUUACAUGGCGGAAAUACUCAAAAAUAAGAACAAAAAAAUCAGCGAACAACGCAUCGGGAACCCUGACCAGGAAGCAGGUGAAGCAUCUUCGUCAGGCAUAGAAGGUGCGGGCCCCGGAAAACGCUUCAGAAUUGAAGGCGACGAUGACGAUGACGAUGUGGUUCGCCCUGCAGGCAUGUUCUGUGCAGGUAUGCUACCUUUCCGCAAGAAAAAAAGGUCCCUACCCAAGCCUAAACGAAGCGCCGGUGAACCGCAAAGGUCCGUUAGAUUCGCCGUGCCCAAAACUGAGGCCCCCGCACCACCAUCACGACCCGAACGAAGAUCCAGCAAGUUAAAAAAAAUGUUCACCUCGUGCUUUGGUCUGAUAAAGACCAGAGCGAGGGACCAGCAGUAG